AACAGCUUAUAGUUUGAAGUGUAAAUAAAUAAAAUUCCUACUAGUAAACGAUGUAAUUUAAAAUACCAUUCGAGAAAGAUACGAACGUCUUUCCUUAUAUAUAGCUGCUAUCGUUGAGAGGUAGAAAUAACACCAAGCUACCCGCCAACGACAAUAUAUAACCGCUAAAAUGCGUUUCAAUCACGUGUCUUCAAUUUGUCAUGUGCUUGCCGUGCUUUUCCCCACCUUCGCUAACUCGUCUCCUGACCCUGCAUCAUCUUUUAUUUUCGGCACACUUGGUGUGGAUGCCACCUUCGAUUAUGUCGUGAUUGGCGGGGGAACUGCCGGUCUGGUAGUUGCAACGCGGCUCUCGCAACAGCCGAAUGUGUCUGUUGCGGUAAUCGAGGCGGGAGGAUUUUACGAGAUCGACAACGGGAAUCUGAGCGUGGUACCCUCUGACGAUACCUUUUUCACGGGAUAUAGUCCAGCCGAUACCAAUCCUCUGGUAGAUUGGAGCUUUGUGACUGUUCCCCAAGCUGUAAGUGCCUCCUAGCUAUCGACUAUCCGGGCAUAGGCACGCCCUUAGAUCACAAAUUCUUACAAGCUUCUUUCCCUAGGGCAUGAAUGAUAGAACACUGCAUUAUGCGAGAGGAAAGUGUCUGGGUGGAAGGUAUGCUCCCAUAUUUUUGCCCUUCCUCUGAUUUGUAUGAUCUCUCCUCACAAAAUUACCUCGCACAGUUCUGGCCGAAAUUAUUUUACGUACCAACGUGGAACCAAGCAAUCAUAUCAGAGAUGGGCCUCUGAAGUAGGCGACAGCUCCUAUGAAUUCGAUUCAUUAUUACCAUACUUCAAGAAAGGUGUUAACUUCACCCCUCCAAACAAUGCCCUUAGGCCAUCAAAUGCUUCGUUGAGCUAUAAUGCCAGUGCCUUCGAUCCUAAUGAAGGGCCACUUCAGGUCUCCAUUCCAAUUUGGGCCAACCCAUUCUCUUCAUUUGCAAAACUUGCCUUUGAGUUACUUGGAUUUCGAUCGGAACUGGAUUUUGUUAGCGGAACACUUUCUGGUGUACAAUAUAACAUGAAUACCAUAGAUCCGAAGCAACAAACCCGGAGCUCAUCCGAAUCAUCCUACCUAAGUACAGCAGCAACCUCAUCAUUAAGAGUUUUCAAUGGAACAUUGGCAAAGAAGAUUUUGUUCAACGGUACAACUGCUUGCGGAGUGUUAGUUAACACUAGUGGUGAAGAGUAUAAGCUGUUUGCAAAGAAUGAGGUUAUUUUGUCUGCCGGAGCAGUAAGCAACUAUUUUUUGCAAGAAUCGUUACCACAGCUAACAAUUGAUCAGUUCCAAUCACCACAGUUACUUAUGGUAUCAGGGGUGGGACCUAAGUCGACAUUAAACCAAUACAACAUCCCUAUAAUCUCAGAACUGCCGGGGGUAGGCCAGAAUAUGUGGGAUCAUGUAGUCUUUGGUCCGAGCUAUCAAGUCAGCGUUAUCACUCAUUCUGCGGCAUCAAAUGCAUCUUAUCUUGCAUUAGCUACAGAACAGUAUUACAAAAAUGGUUCAGGCAUGUUAGGCAAUCCGGGUGGCGAUCUUAUCGCCUGGGAGAAACUUCCCAACCCUUACCGCAAGUCGCUAAGCGGAGCAACUCUCAAGGAACUUGCCACUUUCCCAAAAGAUUGGCCGGAGAUCGAAUAUCUAAUUCUGGAUGCGUAUGCCGGUAACCGUUCUAACCCCAUUGCAUAUGCACCUAAUACUCCAUACAUGUAUGCCGCUCCCGCGGCAGCACUUGUUGCUCCACUAAGCCGGGGAAAUGUCACUAUUUCCAGUACCGACACAGCCGACCCCCCUCUUAUAAAUCCCAACUGGCUUUCGCAUCCAGCAGACCAAGAGCUCGCCGUUGCAGCAUUCAAACGCAUCAGAGAGCUUAUGGAUACUGAUGAGAUGAAAAGCAUCACCGUUGGGAGUGAAAUUUUCCCGGGACUGGAUGUGUGUACUGAUGCGCAGAUUUUGGAAUCCAUUAGAAAUUAUAGCACGAUGGUUUUUCAUGCCUCCGCAACUUGUAAGCACAUUUCCCUCCCAUUUGUCCCAUGUUAAAGCAAAAUCGUGAAGUUCGGAAUGCUAAUGAAGGAAACGUAUAGGUAAGAUGGGCGUUGCGAGCGAUCCGAUGGCCGUAGUAGAUUCGAAGGCUAGAGUCUUUGGAACCAGUAAACUACGUGUUGUAGAUGCAGCGGCGUUCCCUUUCCUUCCUCCGGGUCAUCCACAAUCAACCAUAUGUGAGUUACCCCGUAAAAUCUAGCAUUAUGAUCCACAUUACCUCUCUUCACAUAAGCUAAGCGAAGAAUCAAAACUGACGAGAAUUAGACGCAUUGGCGGAGAAAAUUGCAGAUGAAAUAAUUCUUGGAAUGUGAUAUGAUCUAGAGUGAUUAUACUUCUAGGAAUAGAUAAAAUAGAAAACAUAGCUCGAGAUAUAAUUAGAAUAGAAAAAGUCUCUUACAAUAAUAUGCCCGUUAAUGCAUUUGACUAUAAGAUUUUAUGUGGAAGUGUAUGCGGAUUUUUUUGGUCAUAAAUCUCCGGCUAUUGCUUCCACUAAUCUUUUUUCCUUCAUAUCACAAUGAUACGAGAGCUCCUUUCUUGCUGCAGAGUAAUUCAUUAAGUGACUGACUACUGAUACCAUCAAGCAGAAGUCAGAUGUCUGAGG